AUGACUAACCCCUACGCUAACAUAGAGUACGUAAUGGCCCACGUCGUCCCCAUCCAGAACAGCAUAAUGUCAAACAUCAACCGCGGCGACCUAACCGCCAUGUACGACGCCGGCAUCCCCACCCCCAUCAGCGCCAACGUCCAGAGACGGAACCUCCAAAGAUCCCAAUGCAGCGAAGAUCUCCUGCCGCCGACAACCAGUGCACGCACAUGCCCCAACACCUCCCUCGACCCUCUCCGAAUGAACGAGUGCGAGGGCUACUGGCGCGACCAUCCCCCUCGACCGGAGGGACUACUACCUCCCCUGCGUCAAGCCGACGGGUAUUGGCCUCCACUCACCCUCUGCGAUCCGCACGACGGGCCCCACCAUGUGUGCGAAGAAUGCAGGGACGAUUACCGCAUCCAGGAAUGCCAGGACGAGACGAGCCGGAUCGCGUCGGCCGCCGCCGUGUUGUGCAAGACGCACAGUCUGGCGUUCUUCCGUGACGCGGCGGCGCGGAAGGAUUGCGAGUGCUAUGAGAGGCUCGAUGGGGGAUGGUCGUGUGUGGGUUGUCGGCGGGAGACGUUGAUGACUUUACAUUGCAGGGCUGUGCCGUGGAAGAAUGAUCUGUUCUUCACUCAUGUCAGCAGAGUGAAUGGGCGGAGGGUGUAUGUGGAUUAUUUUCGGAAGGCGAGGCAGGAUCCCGCGUGUCCGAUCCCGGAGUGUGGAGGGAAGCCGUGGAUGAGUUAUACCGCUGCCGAGGUGAUGGAGAUGUGUUUGGGUUGUUGUGCUGUUCAACACUGCCUGACGUUGCCUCUGUGA